CCCCCCGCCGGUCACCUGACCCGGGCGCGCGUGUCACGUGAUACGGGCUCCAUCGUCGCCAUCUUGAAGCGGUGGCCGGAGGUAUUAUGGAAGAAGGAAGCAGCAUUGCAGUAUUGAUGCCAAAUAUUGGGGAGCAGGAGGCUGUGCUGAUUUCUGAAGCAGUCAUUGGCCCAACACUGCAGAGCAGCGAAGACCAGAGAAAAUGUAAAACUGACCCUCUGAUCCACGUGAUCCAGAAGCUGAGCAAAAUAGUGGAAAGUGAGAAGUCACAAAGAUGCCUUUUAAUAGGGAAGAAACGUUCCCAUGCUGAUGCUUCUGCACAGUCCUUGGACGCAGAUGAGCUUUGUGAAAUCCCGGCUAAAGCAAUCGAGCUCUCAGUGAUUGCUACCAAAAAGACUGAAGAGUUACAAGCAGAUUAUUUUGUGACUGAAUGUCUUCCACAAAGCAAAAAAAAGGUGACGUGCUACCAGUGUGGUCUCUGUACGUUUCUAUCGCCUUCGCUCUUAACUCUACAAGAACACAUAAAACAACAUGGGCAGAAAAAUGAAGUGAUAUUAAUGUGCUCAGAAUGUCAUUUUGCCUCCAAAAGCCAAGAAGAACUUGAAUCCCACUUCCAAAAUCACCACGAGAAUGCUGGUAAAAACAGCAUCCAGACAAAAGUGCAGCAGGGUGUCAAUGUCACAAGUUCAUUUCUGCAAGGGCCAGUUGUGAAGGAAGGAAGUGUCAAAUCAGGGACUGAUCAGACAGGGAAUCUGGAAUGUAAGGAUACAACUCAGUCUGCUCCUGUGCCUGAAGUGGGUAGGAGGAAAUGGUACACGUACGAGCAGUAUGGCAUGUACAGGUGUUUGAUUUGCAGGUACACCUGCGGUCAGCAGAGGAUGUUGAAAACACACGCUUGGAAACACGCAGGGGAGGUUGAUUGCUCCUACCCCAUCUUUGAGGAAGAAAAUGAAACCACCAGCUUGUCAGAGACAGUUGUAACUCACACACCUCAAAGUGUGGAUACAGUUGUCCUUUCUUUGGAAAACAACGAACUUGAUAUCCAUAGUGAGCCUUCUCUUCAGCUUCAGAUUUGCAAUUCUGAGCAACUGUCAUGUAAAUCGCCCGUAGGAGCAAAUGUAAAAGAGGAAGAGAUAUUAAGUGAGUCUGUGGUGCAUUCUCCUACUACAGAGGUUGUAGAGGAGACUGUAUCAGAUACAGAGCCCGACAGUUUGAUAACUGACAGCCUGCUGUCAUCAGCACAGAAAAUCAUCAGUUGUAGUCCAAAUAAAAAGGGUCACAUUAAUGUCAUAGUAGAGCGUUUGCCAGGUGCUGAAGAAAGUGUUUUACAAAAGCCAUUCUUAAUGAAUACUGACAUUGAAACAGAAAAAAAAUUGAUCUCAGAGGAGUCCUCUGUUACCUGUGAAGAACCUGAUGAAGUUUAUCAUUCAGAUGCAAUUCAAGAAGUAAUAAUAGAAUGGAAUAAUACCGAGAAGAAAGAUAACGAAUUAAGCGCUAAUAAAAAUGUAACAGCUGACGAAAAUGUGCCUCCUGCACGAAGGAGGACAAAUUCAGAGUCCUUGCGACUGCACUCCUUAGCAGCAGAAGCUCUUGUGACAAUGCCAAUUAGAGCUGCAGAACUGACACGGUCCAGCCUCAGGGCUCUGACUGGAGAAGAUGCUGUGGAUGCAGGUGCAGGGCAGGGCACUGAUGGCCCAUGCAUGGCUCAUUCUAAAGCAGUGUCCUCACUUAAGGAUCCUUCAGAGGAGUUCGGUGGCUUAAACCAAAGUGAAUGUGCAAUAGUUGAGAUCAAGAAAGAGAGACCAGAGUUAUCAGAAGCACCAAUUAAAAUGGGCAUCAGCAUGUCACUGCUCACUGUCAUUGAAAAACUGAAGGAGAGGACAGACCAGAACGCUUCUGACGAUGACAUCCUGAAGGAGCUACAGGACAACGCCCAGUGCCAGAACGCGGGCGAGGCGGUGGCCGGCAGUAACCUGGUGGAGUUCCUGCCCAGCGCCGAGCGGCCGUACCGCUGCCGCCUCUGCCACUACAGCAGCGGCAACAAGGGCUACAUCAAGCAGCACCUGCGGGUGCACCGCCAGCGCCAGCCCUACCAGUGCCCCAUCUGCGAGCACGUGGCCGGGGACAGCAAGGGCCUGGAGGGCCACAUGAUCAACCACUGCAAGGCUCGCAUGUACCAGUGCAAGCAGUGCCAGGAGUCCUUCCACUACAAGAGCCAGCUGAGAAAUCAUGAAAGAGAACAACACAGUCUUCCAGAUCUCUUCUCCACAGCUACAGCUAACAAACUAGUAGUUUCCAGUGAACCAGAUGAUAGAGAAGGAAGCAAGUCUUCAGUUCAGAAGCUGUUCAGGUGUGAUGUCUGUGACUACACGAGCACGACAUACGUGGGAGUCCGGAACCACCGCCGGAUCCAUAACUCGGAUAAGCCAUACAGAUGUCGCGUGUGUGACUUCGCCACCACAAAUAUGAAUAGCUUGAAGUGCCACAUGAGGCGGCACCCCCAGGAGCAUCAGGCAGUGCAGCUCUUGGAACAGUUCAAAUGUUCUCUCUGUGGAUAUGUAUGUAGCCAUCCUCCAUCCUUGAAGUCCCACAUGUGGAAACAUGCAAGUGACCAAAAUUAUAACUAUGAACAAGUGAACAAGGCUAUUAAUGAUGCAAUUUCACAAAGCAGUAGGUUUCAAGGACAGCUCACUGACAAAACCUUAUUAGAAGGCACAGAUGAAAGUACAGUACCUAUACUAGGAAGUUCAGACAACUUGGUGUCUUUUACAGAGUCAAUUAACCAGACUACAAAUGAAAUUUCAGGUUCUGAUGAAAAUGAAAAACCUAGCUUGAUGAAUACCUCAUGCAGUUUAGAAAAGAACUCCACUCUACCCCAUCUUGGCACAGAAUACUGUGUUCUUCUCUUCUGCUGCUGCAUUUGUGGUUUUGAGUCUACCAACAAAGAAAAUCUGCUGGAUCAUAUGAAAGAACAUGAGGGUGAAAUCAUAAACAUCAUUCUAAACAAGGACCACAGCACAGCUCAGAAUACAAACUAGGUGAAGCAGUAAGUCAAGAGGAUUUCCUAGAGUGAAUAUUUUCUUUCUUUGCUAAUUUUUGCCUGACAAACUUGCUAAAGAGAAGAAUUGCAAGCAAAACUUGAUUUCCCAUCCUGAGUUCUUGUUUCAGUAGGAGUACAGUGUUUUAACCAGGGACUGAUGAAUCAUUUAAGAGAUAAAUAUAAGGUGUGGAGAAUAGAUCAAUUCAUUUUAACCUGUUACUUCUUUAUAUGGUGCCAAGAAUGUAGGAUUGUUGUUUUUUUUUCUUUUCCUGUCAGGUAGUAGUCAGUAAUAAUGCAUUAGAACAGUACUUUAAAACCCAAAGGUGUGAAAGCUUUGAAUCACUUGAAAAGCUUUUUUCUUCCUCCCUCUUUGUUGUUUUCCAAGUAAUUCAGCAAGGAAGGUUUUUCCCUGGUUUUUUGAAAGAUGAUCUGGCAACAGAUCAGACAAAACUGUUACAAUAUGAUCUGGUAAACCCUCCCUGCCUGCCUUCUGGAAGGUGGAGAGAGGGGAGGUGGGCCUGGCCAUGUCUGUGUUGUAUGCACACACAGGAGUUCCAUUUUUCCUAGUCUGUUUUUAAGGUUUUACAAACUCUCAAGUCAUUUUCCAACAGACUGCCAUCCUUUCCAUUGAUUUAGAGCAGCAGGAGGUGAAGGGGCUAGGAGCAUUUUGUUAGUAACUAUUUGUUUGAUUGGAUCCUAACUACAAAACUGCUAUCUUUUCAACUCAUAGUGUGUGACAGAUUAUUUUUUAUAAAAAUAACCUGUUGUUUCUUCAUGGUUUUCUUGACACAUUCAGAGAAAUUAUUUUUAAAAAGAAAAGCUUAUAAUGUCACUUUCCAUUUGUGGCGAUUACUUUGCAGUAUGGAUGAGCAAUGCUUUUAAUGAGAACAAGAUAUUAACAAUA